AUGCGUUUUAAAGAAAUUGGAUAUGAUGAUUUGAAUAAUUUGGGUAAAUCACAAAAAGCCGGUGCAAAUGCUGUUGGACAGACAAUAUUAUUAAAAAAUAAUCCUAAGCUUGCUAUUCCAAUUAACUUUGGUCUUAUAACGUUAUCAUUAACAAUCGCCUUACCAUUAGCAAUCGCAGCUUUUCCGCAAAAAGCUGUUAUAGAUCCAUUAAAAUUAGAAGAUACAUUUUGGAAUUUAAAAGAUAAAAAUGGAGAAGCCAUAAGACAAGAGGAUUUUUUUAGACAAAUUUCUGAAGUAAUUAGUACUAGAAGUGAGGUAUAG